GCGAAUCGCCCGCCCGUUGUCAUAACACCACCGACAACCAAGAUGACCGGUCGCGGGAAAGGAGGCAAAGGCUUGGGAAAGGGGGGAGCUAAACGUCACAGAAAAGUACUACGAGACAACAUCCAGGGAAUCACCAAGCCCGCGAUCAGAAGACUAGCAAGAAGAGGCGGAGUCAAAAGAAUAUCUGGGCUCAUCUACGAAGAGACCAGAGGAGUACUUAAAGUUUUCUUAGAAAAUGUAAUCCGAGAUGCAGUCACAUAUACAGAACACGCGAAGAGAAAAACUGUGACGGCUAUGGAUGUUGUCUAUGCCCUCAAGAGGCAGGGAAGAACGUUAUACGGCUUUGGAGGUUAAAUAAAUUAUUUUUUGUGAUUUAAGUUUUUUUUUUCUUUUUGGUUGACAAAGGCUCUUUUUAGAGCCGCA